GCACUACCACUAUCGCUAAGACUAAACGGAAGUUUUCCAUGAUUUCCGGAAAAGGUCCGGUAUUCGGUUCUAUAUUAUUGGCAACAACUAUAUACAAGAAUCAAAAGUCUAGUGCGGGCUUUUAGUUUAUUCAUUUUUUUUAAUUUUUUUUAUUUUUCAUAAUUCUUGCACUUCAUAAUAAAUGUUAUAGGAUAACGAGUAGAGUGAUGUGUUGUAAUUUUCAUCAGCUUACUUCCCCCACAUAGAUUUUAACUUGUUUCAGAAAUUAAAUAGUGACUAUCUCAAGUGUUAUGUUUCCCUUUCCAAGACUGAUAAUAUUUUGCUAUGUCACUGACAACUUCUUUAUCUCCUGUAGUGUAAUUUAACUGCCGUUUCAGUAUACGGAUUAUAAGAGAAAAGAAAAUGGAAGAUCUGGAUGGAAAUCAAAUAUUGGCAAAUGCUCUUGCAAAACAGGGCCUGCAGUACGUGUUCGGUAUAGUGGGCAUCCCAGUGGUGGAGCUGAGCCUGGCUCUGCAGCAGGCAGGUCUGCACUACGUGGGCAUGCGCAACGAGCAGGCGGCGUGCUACGCUGCGCAGGCAGUGGGCUACCUGACACGGCGGCCGGGAGUGUGUCUGGUGGUGUCUGGGCCGGGCCUGCUGCAUGCGUUGGGAGGCCUUGCCAAUGCACAGUCCAACUGCUGGCCCGUGCUGGUGGUGGGAGGUUCGUGCGCGCAAGACCACGAGGGGCUGGGGGGCUUCCAGGAGUGCGCGCAGGUGGACAUGGCGCGCCCCUACUGCAAGUACAGUGCACGGCCUCCCAGCGCAGCCCUCAUUCCGCUGCACGUCGAGAAGGCCGUGCGUCUGGCCACCUUCGGCCGCCCAGGAGCCAGCUACCUGGACUUCCCAGCCAAUGUGCUGAGCCAGAGGGUGGAGGCGAGCGCCGUGUCAGCUGUGGCCCUUGUGCCGGAGCCCCCGUUGCUCUGGCCCGACCCUGCAGACAUCAGCAAGGCUGCCGACAUUCUUCGGGCUUCGAAGAGGCCGUUACUCAUCAUUGGGAAAGGGGCUGCGUACGGCCGAGCUGAAGACGCUGUCGGCGAGCUGGUACACAAUUGCCUGCUGCCCUUCUUGGCCACGCCUAUGGGCAAGGGCGUGGUUCCCGACACGGACCCGCUGUGCGUGACGGCUGCACGCACGCUCGCCCUGCAGCAGGCAGACACGAUCGUCCUACUGGGCGCGCGACUCAAUUGGAUGCUGCACUUUGGCCGCCCGCCACGCUUCAGCCCGCACGUCAACUUCAUACAGGUGGACGUGUGUGCGGAGGAGCUGCACAACAGUGUGGCGGCGCGUGUCGCCGUGCAGGGGGACGUGGGCGUAGUGGCUACCCUGCUGCUGCGUGAGCUGGCCUCCACCAACUGGUACGUGCCUCCGCACGGCACGUGGGUGCCGCAGUUGGCAGCGCGUGCGCAGGCCAACAGGGAGUACGUGGCGAAGAUGGCUCAGGACACAACUCCGCCCUUGAACUAUCACACUGUUUUCCACCACGUGCAGCAAAUCAUUCCUAAAGACAGCAUCAUCGUCAGCGAGGGGGCCAACACCAUGGACAUAGGGCGCUCGAUGCUGCUCAACGAGCUGCCUCGCCACCGCUUGGAUGCAGGCACGUUCGGCACGAUGGGGGUCGGCCUGGGGUUCGCGAUAGCGGCAGCGCUGUGGUGCCGCGACCACGCGCCGGACAAGAAGGUGGUCUGUGUGGAGGGCGACUCUGCCUUCGGCUUCUCCGGCAUGGAGCUGGAGACCAUGUUCAGGUACAAGCUUCCGGUCGUCAUCAUCAUCGUGAACAACAACGGCAUCUACAGCGGCUUUGACCAGGACACCUUCAGCAGCAUCCAGGAGGCAGGCGAGCUCACUCGAGUGACGCCCCCGCAGGCGCUGAGCGUGGGCGCCCGCUACGAGCACAUGAUGGGACUGGCGGGGGCCGAGGGCCACAUCUGCACCUCGGUGGACCAGCUGCAGGGGGCCCUGCACCGCAGCCUGCAGGUGAGCGAUGCUCCCAGCAUCAUCAACGUGAUGAUCAGCCCGACGGCUGACCGCAAGCCCCAGACCUUCUCCUGGCUCACCGAGUCCAAGUUGUGACCGGGUUCAGUGAACGUGAAGAGGAAGUGUUUGGCUCACGCUCCAGUGACGGGCCGCAGUCAGGGCUGCCCGAGACGGCUGGGAAGCGAGCACCCAUUUUCUGCAUGCCACUGUAUAUAUAUAAAGGGAGAGGUUUAUAUGUAUUAUUUUAUUUUUAUGUAUUUUUGACUUUUAAGAUGAAUGUACUUAUUAAAAUUACAAUAAAUUGUUUUGAAAAAAAAAAA